AUUUGCAAUUUGGAAUUCACUCAUCCAACCCAAGCGAUGGACAACAGUGUGCUAGUGACACCUGCAUGUCUAGACGCCACAGUAGACGGUUCACCUUUCCUAACUGCCAGACAGGCCUCCUGUAACAACCUACAUCGACUUCGGCAGGACAACCGCAAUUCCUUGUCUUUUCACCCCAGUCAUCAAUUUCCCCUUGCGAGCAAUCCGACCACUUAUGGGUCAAUGCAACAAUGUCAACGGUACUACGGAUCUAAACUCACUUCUCGGAUGUUAGUAUUCUUUUGCAUUCACCUACUCUUCUGCGUUUUCGCAUCUCUGGCGUCAGCAGCGAGUCCCGCCGAAACAAUAACCCUAUCCAAACCACUAAAUCACAAAGGAGAAGAGCACAGUGAAAAAACUGAGCUGAAGAUACAUCGAAGUCCCCCACAAACGUCUUCCGAGGACGCUAUAUCAGGUAUCGAGUUAUCUGGAGAUCUCUCUGAUUCGUCGGCAUCUGGAGACCUAGAGGCGGAUUUACCUGAAUUAGAUGAACUUGACAUCGAAAUGUCUCUUGACGAAAUUGAACUCCAAAGUGGAACUCUUGUUUUAAGCAGUUUUCCGAGGAAAUUUAAUAACAAUGGAGAAUUCCUUCACGCCAUGGCAGUUUCUGGAACUGCCCAGUUUUAUGCCAGUCGGAUGCACAUUGACUUUCAAAGAAUGCUAUACUCAACCUCGGAAAAGUCUCUCUACGCGGUCGCAAAAGAAGCUACUCUCGUCAAGUUAGAUGGCAAGACGUUGUCAUUAAUUGACUCGCACACUGUGGCUUCUCAACCACAGGCCUCAAUCUACUGUCAACAGUCGGCAGGCUGCAGGCAGAGGAAGGAGAUAAACGUGCUUGCAAAGACUCCAGACAAGUCCUUCAUUUACUACUGCACUCUCCACUACGAAGAUCAUCCACGACUGUUGAGCCGACGAGCUCUCACGAGUUGUGUUGUACCAAACCCACAUGACCUAGCUGAAAAUCUGCUAAUGUGGGACAAUGUCUACUACACCUCAACAGACCCGCACCGACCACCGGUUAUCUUGGCUCCAAAGAAAAAGACUUCACUAAAGUCAGCUGACCGGGCGGCAAACCAGUCCUUUAUCUACGUGGCAGGCGUCAACUCCAACUUUCUGCAUAUCGGCCGUCUUCCAAUGCCUGACUGGGCCUCCGGCGAUAUCAACUGGGAGGGCGCUCUUUUUAGCCCUAAACGAAGUGUCUUCAUUCAAGAGCCCGCAACAAUUGUCAUAAGCUUUGAAACAGAAACAGCCGUCUAUUUUCUUCUGCGUGAAAAGCCCUCGAGGUAUUCUGUACCAUCAUCUUGCUUCCAGCAACAACGUCAGGUCGUGUCUCGACUGGUUCGCGUGUGCCAAGGGGAUCGGGGCGGGCUGCGAGGCAUCGCUGAGCACUACUUCGGUACCAUGGCAAAAGCCGACCUCGUGUGCCAAUCAGAAGUCGUGUCACCACUAGGUGGUGGGAGAAGGAGUCACUUUUCAUUCGACCAUGCGCAAUCGGCAUACUGGGACGAAGACGCUAAACGACUCUACGUCACCUUCACAGCCGGGGAGGCUGCGCCCCGUGGAAGUGCAGUCUGCGUCUACGACCUUCAAAGCAUUGAAAGAGUUUUCAAGGGUCCAAUAGCCACUUUUGACUCCUACCAACAGAGGACUUUAAAGAAUCAAGGAAGCUUACGCUCCAAUCCAUUCCCAAAUAUCUGUGAGCGAUUCAUCAACAAAAACCUUACAGAUGAGGAGUUGUCAUUGGGUCAAAUUGGCGCCAACUUCAUGUACCGGGCGGAAUACAUAAGACCUCUUUUCGGUCACGCGGUUGCCAUGUCUUCGACCUCUACCUGGACGGCUGUGAUUGGCUACCAACUCCUUUUGCUUACCAACUCCUUGUACGUCACUUCAAUUCUCUGGCUUGUCUCAGAUGAUCAGCUUACUCAGAUCGCUUUCUACGAAACCCGUGGUAGUGGAGCUGCCUUCAAACCACCGGCUUUGAUUAGCACCUGUGUUUUGAGAAGCUUGCGAGUUGGGCCCGAACAUGAUUUGUUGGGGAGAUUUCGAGUCGGAGGGCAGUUUCCAGAAAACCAUGCAUUCACCGCUCAACAUCCUGGUUCGCCUCCGAAGUAUCUACCUUUUGACAUCGAUGAUCCUUGGAAAAUCGAAUUGCCAAGUCCCUCAGAACUUCCCAACACUGAACGGAUUAAUAGCAUUUUAAGAGAGGGGGAUUCCAUUUUUCUGGGAACAACGCAUGCAAUUUUUCGAUUUCCCACCGAUAAUUGUGCAUCAUACACAACAAAAGAAGCUUGUUUGGAAUCGAAAGACCCACACUGCGGCUGGAGCUCUCAGAUCAACCAGUGCCUUAGCAUCCGCGGUUAUUCCCAAGCCAGUAACCUUCUGGUUGCCAGCAUCAACACUCGGCCACAAUGUCCUUCUAGUAACCAAUCACGUUCUACGUUUGCCACUAGCCAAUCAGGGUGGUCUAAAUGGCAGCAAUGCAAUCUGACAAACACCUUUCAAUCAGACGGAUUCAGCCGAAACUUAAAAGAAAUAGCUUCGGACCAGCAAUACUCUUGUUUGUGUCGUAUCUGUCUGGGCGAGACGCUUUGCAACUUCGGAGAACAACAGGUCUCCCAUUGCAAAGUGCCUGGUAUAUGGUCACAAUGGUCUGAGUGGUCACCCUGUAAGGACAAACAGAGAUAUCGGACACGUGUCUGCUUAAAGCCCUUGCUAGCCGCCACCACCACCGUCAUAAGCCCGUUCUCAGACUGCCCUGGACCGAGCAGAGAGGAAGAAUUCUGCCUAAUGCACCCUCUGGUACCUGAGGGUAAGUGGCUUUCGUUCAAUCUGUCGACUUUGGUAAAUGUUUAUUUCCAUAUUGUAGAAGUUGACUUUAAAGGGCUGCCUAUUGAACAUGCUGCAUUAAGGGAAGAAACUGGGCGCGGUUUUAACAUCGAUCGAAAUUACCUACUUGGAGUGCUUAUGGGUUCGUUUGCUGGGAUUUUUGCCACCCUGGUGUUCAUGUUCCUCUUCCUUCGAUUUUGCCAUCGACCUUCGCGGUACAGAACAGCAAAGCGUCUUCGUCCAUUAUGGGUAGGUCCGCAUAGCGCCACUCGCAGAGUAAGCAACAUUCAGUUAGAAAGGCAAAUACGUGACUCACUACUCAGCGACCAUCCCAUGUACGCAAAUCCAAGUCCUAUGACCACAUCAGUCCAAUCUACUAAUUUUCCCCGUUAUAAUUAUACCUUACAAACGCCGCCUCCUGUUUCCGUUGAAAGAUUCCCUGAUUCCUCGCCUUCUGUGGAUGAGACUUUCACUACUGCCGGUGUAUAUGAUCGACUCUCUGAAGAUAAGUCUAUGAAAGGCCGUCUUCAUUGUCAGUGCUAUUCUUUUGACGAAACCUUCAAAACCUAUGACUUUCAGAAGUUUGCAACAGCAUUCUUUAACAGCGACGUCGUCCGUGGAACCUUAGAAACAGACGAAGGCCUUCCAUUAGCUGAAGAAUGCGAAGUUGAGGCCAUUCAUGUGCCGUGUUCCCUCCUUAGCAUGGACAUAUUUAAUCGCUGUGUCGGCGUAGUAACCCACCCAACAGGGCGAAUCAAAUCAUGCUUUGAGGAGUACCACAACUCAAUGUUAUGCAUAAAUGAUUCAGAAGACUACGACCUGUUCAGUGAAGGCGAACGCGCAGAAUUCUUAUUUAGGUUGUUUAAGCAUGUUGUGAUCGGUGGUGAACUAGUUCAGCCAAGCGAUGACAUAUCUGUAUACACAGACUUUGUCCGAAACUUGUACAGAGAUCUAAUAAGUGUCCAAAAGGUUGCUGGAUCAGACGAGAUUAAUAUCGUUUCGUUAGUUUACGAUGUUAAAGUCAAGAACAAUCACCUCCUUGUUUACCCGGCUGCAAAGGAACAUGAAAACACUUUUGCCUACUUAAUUGUCAAUCCAAUCAAGCGACACGUCUUCGCGCUUUCGCAUGUGUACGGAAUAGGCCAGUUCUAA